AUGUGGCGUCUUGCCGUUUUUCUGGCGGCGGUUCUUGUUCGAGAUGUUGUCGGAAAAGGUGAUCCGGAACUGAAAAUGACUACUCCUCAAAUUAUUGAACGAUGGGGAUAUCCAGCAAUGAUUUAUACAGUAACCACAGAUGAUGGGUACAUUUUGGAGAUGCACAGAAUUCCAUUUGGAAAAACAAAUGUGACAUGGCCAAAUGGAAAGAGACCAGUCGUCUUCAUGCAACACGGUUUGCUCUGUGCCUCAAGUGAUUGGGUUCUGAAUCUUCCAGACCAGAGUGCAGGAUUCCUUUUUGCCGACGCUGGUUUUGACGUGUGGCUUGGCAACAUGCGCGGUAACACGUACAGUAUGAAGCAUAAAGAUUUGAAACCAUCACACUCUGCAUUCUGGGAUUGGAGUUGGGAUGAGAUGGCUACCUAUGACUUGAACGCUAUGAUCAAUCAUGUUUUGGAAGUCACUGGACAAGAGAGUGUCUAUUACAUGGGACACUCUCAAGGAACUCUCACAAUGUUCAGUCAUUUGUCGAAGGAUGACGGAAGUUUCGCAAAGAAAAUCAAGAAGUUCUUCGCUUUGGCACCAAUUGGAUCAGUGAAGCAUAUCAAGGGAUUCCUGGCUUUCUUUGCCAAUUACUUCUCUUUGGAGUUUGAUGGUUGGUUCGAUAUCUUCGGUGCCGGAGAGUUCCUUCCGAACAAUUGGGCGAUGAAGCUCGCCGCUAAGGACAUUUGCGGAGGUCUCCAGAUCGAAUCAGAUCUCUGUGACAACGUACUCUUUCUCAUUGCCGGACCAGAAAGUGAUCAAUGGAAUCAGACUCGUGUUCCAGUAUACGCAACUCAUGAUCCUGCUGGUACAUCAACCCAAAAUAUUGUCCAUUGGAUGCAGAUGGUUCAUCAUGGAGGAGUGCCUGCCUAUGAUUGGGGAACCAAGACGAACAAGAAGAAGUACGGACAGGCGAACCCACCAGAGUAUGAUUACACCGCCAUCAAGGGGACUGACAUCUAUUUGUACUGGAGUGAUGCUGAUUGGUUGGCUGAUAAGAUUGACGUCACCGACUACUUGUUGACUCGUUUGGACCCAGCAGUUAUUACGCAAAACAACCAUCUACCCGACUACAAUCAUUUGGAUUUCACCUGGGGACUUCGUGCUCCGAAUGAUAUUUACCACCCGGCUAUUGAUAUUUGUACAAAAGAUUAUCUUGGAAACUAA